CCGUCGCCAUGCCGUCGUCCAUAUACGCCGCACCACAGGCAAGCGCAAGCAACGGCGUUGGCAAUGGCGACGGCAAGCCACACGUGCUUGUUGUCCCUUACCCGGCGCAUGGUCACAUGCUGCCUCUCCUCGACCUCGCGGCGCUGCUCACCGCACGGGGCCUCGCGCUCACCGUCGCCGUCACGGCAGGCAACGUCCCGCUCCUCGCGACAUUCCUCGCAGCGUUCCCGUCAGUCGCCACCGUCGUUCUGCCUUUCCCUUCCUCGCCGUUCCUCCCGGCCGGGUGCGGCGAGAACACCAAGGACCUCCCGGCCGAUCUCUUCCGCCCGUUCAUGGCCUCCCUGGCGGCCCUCUCCGCGCCUCUCCUCUCCUGGUGCAAGUCCCAGCCCCGCGGCGUGACGGCCAUCGUCUCCGACCUGUUCAUGGGGUGGACACUCCCGCUCAUCGAGGAGCUCGGCGUGCCGCACGUGGCCUUCUCGUGUGCCAACGUUCACUACCUCGCCACGACGCACUCCCUCUGGCAGCCUGCCGUGGAUGUUCAGGGUGCAUGUGCCCGGCGACGAGGUGUCAGAGACGAUCCGGCGGAUCUUCCUAUGGAAUAUAGAGAGCUCGUGCUUCAUGGCAAACUCGUUCGUGACGCUCGAGGCGGCCUACGUGGAGCGCCCGCUCCCCGACCUGAUGGCGAAGUGGGUGUUCGCGGUGGGCGCGCUGUCGGACGACGUGCGCAACUGCGACGAACAUGGCGGGAAGCCAGCGAUGGCCCCGGCGAAGGUGACCGCGUGGCUGGACGGGUUCGACGACGGCUCCGUCGUGUACGUCUGCUUCGGGUCGCAGCAGGCGCUGUCACCGGCGCAGGCGGCGUGAGUGGCCGGCGCUCUAGCGCUGGCUCGGUGGCUUUCGUCUGGGCGGUGAGGAGCGGCACCGUCGUGCCGGAGGGGUUCGAGGCCGCAGCCACGGCGGCGUCACGGGGCAUGGCAAUCCGCGGGUGGGCGCCGCAAGUGGAGAUCCUGUGCCACCGCGCCGUGGGGUGGUUCCUCACGCACUGCGGGUGGAACUCGGUGCUCGAGGCGACCGCGGCCGGCGUGGCAAUGCUCACGUGGCCGAUGGGCGCCGACCAGUUCAUCAACGCGUCGGUGCUUGCGGAGGCAGGCGUGGCGGUGCCGGUGGCAGAGGGCGCCGACGCCGUGCCAGACGCUGGAAAGAUGGCGAGCGUCAUCGCUGCAGCUGUCGCAAAGGAGGGGGAGUCCGUGAGAAAGCGUGCGGUGGAGCUCGGCCGGAAGGCGGCCACCGUGGUGGCGGAGGGCGGAACCUCGCACAUUGAUUUGGAAGAGUUGGUGCGUGUGCUCAGUGACGUCGACUACUACCUCCGUUCCUAAAUAUUUGUCUUUCUAGAGGUUUCAAAUGGUGA